AUGGACCUGACUGUAAAACCGCCAGAUCCCGAUCAUAAGUCCAAGGACGGCAGGUCCCAAGACGGAGGUCCUCCGAUGGCGACAAUCCACGACGAUGACGAGCUGCUGCUGGCUCGCAUCGGUUAUAAACAGGAACUGCGGCGCGAAUUCUCGAAAUGGUCAACCGUUUCAUAUGCCAUCUCCAUUCUGGGAGUUUUAGGCUCCGUCCCGGCGACAUUUGGUGCGCCUCUUGCAGCCGGUGGCCCGGCCACGGCCGUCUGGUGCUGGCUGAUCGGCUCGUGCAUGGCCAUGUGCAUUGGAAGCUCCGUGGCAGAGCUAGUAUCUGCGUAUCCCACGGCGGGGGGUAUGUAUUUUGUCACCAAGCAUGUCGUGCCCGCCGACCAGGUCCCGAUCUUCUCAUGGAUCCAAGGAUGGUGCAACCUCCUAGGCCAGACAGCCGGCGUGUCCAGUGUCGCAUACACAGUCAGCCAGAUGCUGCUGGCCUGUGUCAGUAUGAAUUCAGAUCUUGUUGAUGGCAAGUACUCGUAUUCACCAAAUGCCCUGCAAACGGUGCUCGUGUCUAUUGGCAUGCUGUGUGUUAUUGGAUUCAUUUGCUCGUUGACGACCAAAACCUUGCAUCGAAUUAUUCUCUGGUUUGCUCCUAUCAACAUUUUGGCUACCAUUUGCAUCUGUGCUGCGCUCCUUUACUACACUCCGGACAAGCAGCCUGCUUCUUGGGUCUUCACCAAUGUCACAGAUGGCUCGGGAUGGGGCUCAAAAGUCUUCUCCUUCUUCCUGGGAUUCUUGUCCGUUGCAUGGACGAUGACUGAUUAUGAUGGGACAACCCACAUGUCCGAAGAGACCCAUGAUGCUGCCAUACGGGGCCCUGUCGCAAUCCAAACAGCUGUCCUGGUCUCUGGCGUGUUUGGGUGGAUGCUGACGGUCUCGAUGUGCUUUUGCCUGACCGACCUCGAUGAGAUUUUGAACAGUCCAACGGGCCUUCCUGCAGCACAGAUCUUCCUCAAUGCCGGCGGGAAACGAGGCGGUACGGCCAUGUGGGCAUUUGCGAUUCUAGUGCAGUUUUUCACUGGCUGCUCGGCUAUGCUGGCUGACACAAGAAUGGCGUAUGCUUUUGCCAGAGACAAUGCACUCCCAUUCUCAGGGAUUCUGUGCAAAGUGAACCCUCACACCCAUACCCCGGUCAAUGCCGUCUGGUUCGUGGUUCUUUUUAGUAUUUGUUUAAACUGUAUUGCCAUCGGCUCCACCCAGACAGCUACAGCCAUCUUUAAUAUCACCGCCCCGGCACUCGAUUUGUCCUAUGUUUCAGUCAUCCUGGCGCAUCAGCUCUACAAAUCCAAGGUCAAGUUCAUCGAGGGGCCCUUCACGCUCGGGAGAUGGGGCACGCCCAUUAACUGCAUUGCGGUGACUUGGGUGUUGUUCAUCAGCACUAUUCUCUUCUUCCCGCCGCAGAUUCCUGUGACUGCGGCCAACAUGAAUUAUGCCAUCUGCGUUGCAGCCUUCAUUGCUGUGUUUGCGUUGAUCUGGUGGUGGGUCGCGGCUCGAGGAAAAUAUACCGGGCCACAGACCAACGAUAUCAUUCGAGAGAUUCCCACGGAAGACGACGGCCAUGACAGCGAGAGCCGUGAUAGCGAAGAGCCCGAUGAAGUCACCGUUUAG